GGCAUUUGCGGUUAGUGACACUGGCUCAGCUGGAGUGGGAGUCCCUCCUAAUCCAGACUAUACAGAGAAAGAUAGGCAAAGUGGAGAGAUCAGGUAGGGGAAGGGAACUAGCCGCUGUCUUCCAAAAUCAGGGGAGGAAAGUAGAGAGACUGCUCCCAGGAAGAAAUGGGAGGUUAAAAGGCUGGGAGGAAUGGGGUUGAGAGCGAAUUUGGGUAGAUUUCAGCUAGCGCUUGGUCUGGGGAGGGCCCGUCUACUGACGCAUCUGUGCUUGUUGCUGGGAGGUGGGGGUGGAGAGGGAUUAAGUGGUGCGCGGGGCAGGUGAGCUGCCCUCCAGGUGCCUCCUGCUGCGGACACUCCUGUGGGCUGGAGGUGGCCAGGGAGCCGCAGGAGCUGACGGGUGCCUGCAGCAGGUGGGCUGCUGCUAGUGCCUUGCCGGGGCGCGCAGCGGGCUGGGAGCGGGGCUGCCCCUGCCUCCCCUCCACGUGCAGCCCGCAGCAGGUGAGCGGAGGUGGCGCCUGGGAUCAGGUGAGCGGCUGACAGGCUGCCGCCGGCCGGGGCGCUAGGCUAACCGCGGGCUUUGCUCCGCCCCCCGGCGCAGCUGGCGGCGCUCGGGGCGCUCCCGGGGCGCAGCCCUGUCCUGUCCUGUGCGCGGCGAGCGGGCGGGCUGGCUGUCGGUCGGGCUGUGCAAUCACAUGGUGCGCUAAGAAUGCUCCAAAGAUGGCGGUAGCGGUGGCGGCAGCGGCGGUCGGAGCCGGUGGCGGCGGCCGGGCGCAGCAGCGGAGCGGCUGGCUGGAAGUCCUGGUGCGGGACCGCUGGCACAAAGUCCUGGCCAACUUGGGCGAGGAUGCCCUGGUGCUGAGCUGCGAGGAGCGCGCCGACGGCGCAGCCCACAACGGCGUCGGGGCCAGCGGCAACGGGGCGCCUUGCCGAGGGGCUGCCGCUGGCCGCGGGAGCCAGCCGGGCGCCGCGGGCAACCCCGGCGGGGCGGCCGAGUCCCCGGGCGGCGGCGGCAGCAGCAGCCCCAAGCCGGGGGGUGGCCCCGGGGUGCGCACCGCCUUCACCGAGCUCCCCGAGCAAGUGCCCGACGCCAUCUCCAACAAGAAGCGGUGCGUGAAGGUGCAGAAGCAGGAGCUGGGCGGGCUGGGCAUCAGCAUCAAGGGCGGCAAGGAGAACAAGAUGCCCAUCCUCAUCAGCAAGAUCUUCAAGGGGCUGGCGGCCGACCAGACCCAGGCCCUCUACGUGGGCGAUGCCAUCCUGGCCGUGAACGGGACGGACCUGCGGGACGCCACCCACGACGAGGCGGUGCAAGCGCUCAAGCGGGCGGGCAAGGAGGUGCUGCUGGAAGUGAAGUACAUGCGAGAAGCAACCCCAUAUGUGAAGAAAGGUUCUCCAGUUUCAGAAAUUGGGUGGGAAACGCCUCCACCUGAAUCACCACGAUUGGGAGGUGUAUCCUCUGACCCACUGUCGCAGCUUUCUCUCGUCAUCCACAGAGACAAAAAAACAAUUCCACUCAAAAUGUGCUACGUGACGCGCAACAUGACUGUGUCGGAUCCUGAAAACAGGCUUCUUGAAAUCCAUUCUCCUGAUGCCAAGCACACUGUGGUUCUAAGGAGUAAGGAUUCAGCCACAGCCCAGGCCUGGUUCAAUGCUAUCCACUCCAGUGUGAGUGACCUUAUUCCCAGAGUGAUUUCAGAGGUGAAAGACCAGCUGGGUAAAACCGGGAUCGCUGGAAGUCGAGAGAUUAGGCAUCUAGGCUGGCUUGCAGAAAAGGCUGAUUUCUUGCUGCAAAGUUAUCCUGUCUGCUCAUUUGGAAAGGUGCCAGGAGAGAAUGAGAAGCACUGGAAGCCAGCACUGGUUGUACUGACCGAGAAAGACCUUUUAAUAUAUGACAGCAUGCCACGAAUGAAAGAAGCUUGGUUCAGCCCUCUCCAUACUUACCCUCUGCUAGCCACCAGGUUGGUCCAUUCAGGUCCAGGUAAAGGAUCCCCACAAUCUGGGGUGGAUUUAUCUUUUGCAACACGCACUGGUACAAGGCAAGGGAUUGAAACCCAUCUCUUCAGGACAGAGACUAGCCGAGACCUCUCACUGUGGACAAGGAACAUAGUGCAGGGCUGCCACAAUUCAGCUGAGCUCAUCACGGAAAUCACAACCUCUUGCACCUACAAAAACCAGGAGUGCCGUUUGACCAUCCAUUAUGAACAUGGAUUCUCUCUCACAAUUGAACCACAAGAUGGUGCCUUGUCCAAAACAAUUGCACAGUGUCCCUAUGAAAAACUAAAAAUGUCUUCAGAUGAUGGCAUUAGGAUGCUUUAUUUAGACUUCGGAGGCAAAGAUGGAGAAUUUCAACUGGACCUUCAUUCUUGUCCAAAGCCAAUUGUGUUCAUCAUUCAUUCAUUCCUUUCAGCUAAGAUUACAAGACUUGGUUUGGUGGCGUAAAUUACAUCUGUUUCCUAAAAGAAAAAUGAAGCUGCCAUGGUAAUCUGAAGUACAAUCAAUAGAAGACACCUGUAGCUGCUAGCAAUCUACAAAAGAUUGGAGUUCAAUGCAGGGACUUCAGCUCGGGUGAUUCUCCAAGGCCCAGCCUUCAUUUUGAUCAGCUACAAAGGAGGCACACACAGAAAAAGACCAACAGAUUUCAGACUCAGAAUAGUCCUUUAAAUCACUGUCAGUUGCAGGAGACAU